AUGGCAUCCAGCGGGGUCUGUGGUGCCCAAGUGUCUAAGAACCUGAUGGCUCCAGUAGUCCCUCUGGACCUCAGACCUGCAGAUCUGGGUCCUGUGGCUGGGGUGCACUCAGUCAAAACUCCCAUGUCCCAGCUGGCGCAGUGGCCCAAGCCCCAAGCAGAUGCAGGCCACCAUUUAACCCACAAGGCCCCGGUGGGAGAUGCACUUAAUUCUGAGACUCGAGACCCCAGGGAAAGGGGAGGUCUGCUUUCUUAUACGGUGUCCUUUUGGGAGUUGAACCAAUUCAAGGCCUCCUCAGAGGCCCUGAUCAAAGGACAAAAGGAAUAUAAUUUUGUGUCCUUUUGGGAGUCAGACCAAAUCAAGGCCUCCUCAGAGGCCCUGAUCAAAGGACAAAAGGAACAUAGUUCUAUGUCCUUGCUCAGGAGCACACUUGUCAUGUUUCAAUCAGAUUACAGAAUAGAUUUUUAUUUUGAUGAAAAUCCUUACUUUGUAAAUAAAGUUCUCUCCAAAGAAUUCCAUCUGAAUGAGAGUGGUGACCCGUCUUCAAAGUCCACCGAAAUCAAGUGGAAAUCUGGAAAGGAUUUGACGACACGGUCAAGUCUAAUGCAGGAUAAGGCCAGCAGGAAGAGGCAGCACGAAGAGCCAGAGAGCUUCUUUACCUGGUUUACUGACCAUUCUGAAGCAGUUACUAACGAGUUAGGAAAGGUCAUCAAAGGUGACAUUUGGCCAAAUCCCUUGCAGUACUAUCUGGUUCCCAACAUGGAUGACGAAGAAGGAGAGGCAGAAGAUGAUGACGACGACGACAACGACGAGGAGGAGGGGUUGGAAGAUAUUGAUGAAGGAGAUGAGGAUGAAGGUGAAGAAGAUGACGAUGAGGAUGAAGGGGAGGAAGGCGAGGAUGAUGACUAUCACAGAAGAUUGAUGGAUUCCAACCUU